AAUGUGUAACAAUUUUGACCAUGGGAAGGCAUAGUGAAGUUGGUCACAGUAACUUUUGAGGAAAUAAUCAUUGGUAACAGUCUCUGAAGUUUCUUCUGCUACCUGGAAAUCCCGUUCAAAAAUAAGCCUUGAAGUCUACAUUAGAAAACACCAACAUCUGUGGGCUCAAAGAAACCAUACCUGCCAACCACUGGUAAAAAAAAACAAUCAUAGAGAUUGCUAGUAUUAUUGACAGAGAACCUAUUUAUUAACAGCUUGUAAGUCAUAAUUGAAAACUUCUAAUUUUUGAGAUUUCUGUGAUAAUUUUUAGUUUGGUUUUUGUCAUGAUAAAUUCUGGUUCAAGGUACACUGUGAAAUAAUUUCCGACCCAAGACAAAUUUAUAUGAUUUGAUGAUUCAUCUUAGCAUAUAGAUUUGGCAUUUUGUAACUUUUGAUUGUUUUCAAAAUUAAAUCCACUAUCCGAGAAAAUUUGAUGUAACCUGAAUAUAGCAAUGAACUUCAAUAUCAUUAUUGGUGAUUUGUGGCAGUCUCCAUUUUCAGCACCUUCUAUCUACCAUAAUUACCAAGGGUUAUUGGUUCUAGCCAAUUACAUCAUUAGAACAAAGAAAUGGUAACAUUGAGUUAUCUCAAUGGCAUGAAACUGGGUCCAAAAGACCAAAUAAGCAGAUACAUUAGUCUCUAAUGAUUUAUUUAAAAUAGAAUGUUUGAUUUUUUAAAAAUUUCAUAACAUCACUAAGCAAAAAUGUUCCUGAUGAUCAAUGAGGAAGUAAUUAUUAUAUAAUAAAUAUUGAAAACAAGUUUUAGAUGGCAGUCAAUUCUGUUACUACUUAAUCUUCAGAGGGAAACUUCAGAUUUUUGUUCUCCUUAUUAAAAAUGAUCAUAAACGGAAGAAUUACUUAAUUUGAGAGAGAUUUGGGAUAAACCAUAUUUCACUGAAUCUAAGAUGCCCUCACGUAUGAGUCAUACUAUUAUUUUAUGUAUCUCUAAGAAAUAAAAAUGUUGCUAACUAAAAUAUGCUAUUGAUUGUAAGCUACCUCUUGAUAACAGAUAUCAAAGCAAGUAUCUUUAAUUAAAUCAAUGACCUAUGGUAAUGUAAUCUUCCUGUGAGAUAUGAGAUCGAUCUUGUGCUAUUUUUUUUUGCUACCAAAUUUUACAAUUUCUAAACAAAACAAAACAAACAUACACUGAAUAUUUUUGUGUGUGAUGCUUAUGGAGCAUAGCUUUCUACCAUGAAAAGAAGCUAGCAUUAUGAGGCAAACACUCUGCAGGUUGGUGAAGGCCACUGCUGUACCCUGGUGGUCUGCAAAAAGGUGAUCUAGGUGUAGAGGUGCUUCCUGAUAAUCUAAAACACUUUAUGCCUCUAGGAAGGAUUUUAAUUUUGUCACAGGUUACUAUGUAACAUCUUAUUUACAUUGUAUGUAUAAAGGUUAUACAAAGAUGCUGUUGUAACUGUCCCUUAACAUGCAUCAGUGUAGAAUUUAGACUCUCUCCAUGCUGAAACCCUAAAUGCAUAGAAGAAAGAAUGAAAGAAUUCUCAUUUUAGAUGUUCCACCUAGAAGUAAAACUGAUAAAAACAAAACAAAACAAAACAAAACAAAAAAACAUGCACAAAACUACCUCCCCAGAGAAAGGCUGGUCCCUUUUACUCCUCAUUCAUUUCGUUAUGAAUAUAGUAGAAAAUAGCAUCUUCUUAUCAAAUUUGAUGAAGAAUGCCAACUCAUUUAAAAUGAAGUACGACUUUUCAUGUGAACUGUACCGGAUGUCCACAUAUUCCACUUUCCCCUCAGGGGUUCCCGUCUCGGAAAGGAGUCUUGCUCGUGCUGGUUUCUAUUACACUGGUGUGAAAGACAAGGUCAAAUGCUUCUGUUGUGGCCUCAUGCUGGAUAACUGGAAACAAGGAGACAAUCCUAUCGAAAAGCAUAAAAAAUUGUAUCCUAGCUGCAGCUUUGUUCAGAAUCUAAAUUCAGUUAACAAUUCGAAAGCUACUUCUCAGCCUUCUUUUUCUUCUUCAGUAACAAAUUCCACACAUUCAUUACUUCCAAGUUUGGAAAACAGUGGAUAUUUUAGUGGCUCUUAUUCAAGCUUUCCAUCAAAUCCUGUCAACUCCAGAGCAAAUCAAGAUUUUUCUGCCUUGAGGAUAAAUCCCUAUCAUUGUUCAAUGAAUACUGAAAAGGCCAGAUUACUCACUUAUCAAAUGUGGCCAUUGACCUUUCUGUCACCUACAGAACUAGCCAAAGCAGGCUUUUACUACAUAGGGCCUGGAGACAGAGUGGCUUGCUUUGCCUGCGGUGGAAAAUUGAGCAAUUGGGAACCAAAGGACGAUGCUAUGUCAGAACACCUAAGACAUUUUCCCAACUGCCCGUUUGUAGAAAAUCAGUUUCAAGAUACUUCAAGAUACACCGUUUCUAAUCUGAGCAUGCAGACACAUGCAGCCCGCUUUAAAACGUUCUUUAACUGGCCUUCCAGUGUUCUGGUUCAUCCUGAGCAACUUGCAAGUGCAGGUUUUUAUUAUGUGGGUCACAGUGAUGAUGUCAAAUGCUUUUGCUGUGAUGGUGGACUGAGGUGUUGGGAGUUGGGAGAUGAUCCGUGGGUGGAACAUGCCAAGUGGUUUCCAAGGUGUGAGUACUUGAUAAGAAUUAAAGGACAAGAAUUCAUCAGUCAAGUUCAAGCCAGUUAUCCCCAUCUGCUUGAACAGCUGUUAUCCACAUCAGAUACCCCAGAAGAUGAAAAUGCAGAGUCACCAAUUGUUCAUUUUGGACCUGGAGAAAACCAUUCAGAAGAUGCUGUCAUGAUGAAUACACCUGUGGUUAAAGCUGCUUUGGAAAUGGGCUUCAGUAGAAACCUGGUAAAACAGACAGUUCAGAGUAAAAUCCUAACCGCUGGAGAGAAUUAUAAAACCAUCAGUGAUCUUGUAUUAGAUUUGCUUAAUGCAGAAGAUGAAAUAAGGGAAGAGGCAAAAGAAAGAGCAACUGAGGAAAAAGAAUCAGAAGACCUAUUAUUAAUUCGGAAGAAUAGAAUGGCACUUUUCCAACAUCUGACUUGUGUAAUUCCAAUUCUGGAUAGUCUACUAAUUGCCAGAGUGAUUAAUGAACAAGAGCAUGAUGUAAUUAAGCAGAAAACACAGACUUCUUUACAAGCAAGAGAACUGAUUGACACCAUUUUAGUAAAAGGAAAUACCGCAGCCACUGUAUUCAAAAACUCUCUACAAGAAACUGACCCUAUGUUAUACAAGCAUUUAUUUGUGCAACAGGACAUAAGGUGUAUUCGCACAGAAGAUACUUCAGAUCUACCAAUGGAAGAACAAUUGCGGAGACUACAAGAAGAAAGAACAUGUAAAGUGUGCAUGGACAAAGAAGUGUCCAUAGUGUUCAUUCCUUGUGGUCAUCUAGUAGUAUGCAAAGAUUGUGCCCCUUCUCUAAGAAAAUGUCCGAUUUGUAGGGGUACCAUCAAGGGUACAGUUCGUACAUUUCUUUCAUGAAGAAGGUCCAAAACUUUUGUCUAAACUCUGGAAUUAAGGGAUUAAGUAUAUUAUGAUUUUAACUUUUACAUUCAUUUGCUUUCCUUAAAUUUAUUUAUUUAUUUGCAACUUGGAAAAUUUUGUUUUAUAUAAGUAUGUUUAUGUAAAUAUAUAUCUAAAAUACACAAACAAUAAUAAGAGAAUGAUGGGCUUUUGUUCAUGGAAACAAAAAAUAGGAAUAGCACUACAAACAUAAUAAUAAAGUUUCAGCAUUAUUGAAAUUAUAAAUGAAGUAAGAUUUAAGAUAUAUAUUUGUCAAAUGACUUUUUUUAGGGACAUGGCAUUUUUGCAAAGAAUUUUGUGAGGAACAAUUUAAUAAAGCAAUGAAAAUUACUCUUA